AUGGGUUCACCAGCACACCGUGUACUGAGGAAGAAAAUUUCCAACCGAACCGCGGUGACUGAAUUCCUUCUCCUGGGAUUCUCUGAUGUUGCAGAACUGCAGAUUUUACACUUUCUGGUGUUUCUAGUCCUUUACCUGAUAUCCCUGCUGGGGAACCUUCUCAUCAUCACAGCCAUAGCCCUCAACCACCAACUUCACACCCCCAUGUACUUCUUCCUGAUGAAUCUGUCCAUCCUAGACCUCGGCUCCAUCUCUGUCACCAUCCCCAAAUCCAUGGUCAAUUCCCUCAUGAACACCAGAUCGAUUUCUUAUUCUGGAUGUGUUGCCCAAGUCUUUCUUAUCUUCUUCUUUGCUUCAGCAGAUUUUGCCAUACUGACCGUCAUGGCAUACGACCGAUACAUCGCCAUCUGCCAACCACUGCAUUAUGAGACAGUGAUGAACAGGAGAGCUUGUAUCCAAAUGGCAGCCAGUGCCUGGAUCAGUGUCAUUCUCUACUCUGCAGUGCAUACUGGAAACACGUUUGCAAUAUCCUUCUGUGGCGGUAACGUGGUGGAUCAGUUCUUCUGUGAAGUCCCCCAACUACUCAAGCUCGCCUGCUCUGACUCAGACCUCAGUGAAGUUGGGUCUCUCAUAUUUAGUGUGUGCUUAGGCUCAAGCUGCUUUGUUUUCAUAAUUGUUUCAUAUGUUCAGAUCUUCACCACAGUGCUGAGAAUUCCCUCUCAGCAGGGCCGGCAUAAAGCCUUCUCCACCUGCCUCCCUCACCUCAUUGUGGUCUCUGUGUUUAUUUGCACUGGGACCUUUGCCUACUUAAAACCCACCUCCAGCUCUCCAUCAAUUCUAAAUCUCUUUGUGGCUGUUCUCUAUUCUGUGUUUCCACCAAUGAUGAAUCCAAUCAUCUACACCAUGAGAAACAAGGAGCUCAAAGGUGCACUGAGUAAACUGAUAGGUUGGAGGUUAUUCUCUAAGAAUAAAAUGUCCAUAUUUCUCCUUCAGUAA